AUGCGACGCACACCGCCCAAUAGACCGCUGGUGAUUGUCCUGGGCGCAACAGGCACAGGAAAAUCUCAGCUAGCAGUUGACCUGGCUCUCCGUUACAAUGGCGAAAUUAUCAAUGGCGACGCGAUGCAGAUGUACACUGGGUUGCCUAUCGUAACCAACAAAAUAACUCCAGCAGAGCAACAAGGGGUCCCACACCACUUAAUAGGGAAUGUCUCACUGGAUGAAGAGCCGUGGCACGUUGGCGUCUUUAAACGCAAGGCGGAGGGUAUCAUAGAAGAAAUUCGGUCAAGGGGCCGGCUACCUAUACUAGUUGGCGGCACCCACUAUUAUACGCAAUCACUACUGUUUGACGACCAUUUGAUUGAGGACACCGACGAGAAGAUAGAACCUCCACAAGAUGGAAAUCCGGAAAUUGACGAGUGUUCGCGAAAUCACCCUAUUCUAGCGGCAAGCACGGAAGAAAUCCUUGCGAAGCUGAGGGAAGUCGAUCCCGUCAUGGCGGAUAGGUGGCACCCGAAAGAUAGGCGGAGGAUACAACGUUCGCUAGAAAUAUACUUGACCCAAGGCCAGAAAGCUUCGGAUGUUUACGCAAAGCAAAGGGAGCGCAAGAGUGCGCCACGACAAGAUGGUGUCUCUCCGAAUUUAGAGGAGCAAGAUCGAAUAAUCUCAUUGGAGUCGACAAUCCUCUUCUGGGUUCAUGCUGGACAAAAGGCUUUAAAGAGCAGGCUCGAUGCCAGAGUUGACAAAAUGGUCGAAAAUGGACUCAUUGAAGAAGUGCAGACGCUCCAGAAGCUCCUGGAACUCGAAACCGCUGCCUCUCGGCCUCCGGAUCUGACGAGGGGUAUAUGGGUAUCCAUUGGCUUCAAGGAGUUCAGCCCGUAUUUGUCAACUAUUACAGAUCCAGCAACGACCGAGAAAGAUAAAAGCAAAGCUUUGGCCCUCUCGAUCGAGCAGACAAAAGCAGCUACUCGCCAAUAUGCAAAGCGCCAAGUCCGUUGGAUCCGGCUCAAGCUGUUGAUAGCUCUGAAGAAGGCAGACUCGCUUCGAAACCUCUAUUUAUUGGAUGGGAGUGAUGUUAGCAACUUCAAUCACGACGUUUCUGGCAAAGCUAUAAAGGUUUGCGGGGAUUUUUUGAGUGGAUUAGACUUAUCGCCGCCGACAGAAAUGUCACCAGCGGCCGCGGAGUUCCUAACUCCUAGUAGAGACUUUGAUUUCGGAGACAGGCCGGACCUCUGGAUACGCCAGACUUGUGAUGUCUGCAAUGUAACGGCCGUUACAGAGGCGAAUUGGAACUUUCAUAUGCAAAGUAGGGGGCAUAGGGGGAAGCUAAGGAAGCUGAACAGGCCGCCGAGAGUUCCAAGGCAGCUUCAAACUGAGGCCACAACAAAUGGUGCGCAGCUUGAGGCUAUUGCCACUGAUCUUGGAAGCGAAACUACUCCAAAAGAUACCCCAAUUUAA